AUGACACUCGAAGAACAAAUACAAGAGGUCAACAAUGACAUCGACGAAAUCAAACGCGUUAUUGACUAUACCACUCGUCCUCGCAUAAAGCAAAAUUUAGAGCUUCAACAGCGCAAGUUUGAAAAGGAAUUAAGUCAACUUCAAGAGAAGCUGCAGAAACAACAACAGGCUGCUGCUGAGGCAGCAGAAAGAGCAGCCUGUGCUAGUACCUUACCAACCGCUACUCAAUCAUAUAUGAAGGAUAUAUCAGUCUAUGCAUGGGAUCAAACCGAUAAAUUCGUCAAGAUCUACGUUCAAAAUCUGGAUGGAAUCGGCAGCUUACCCGAAAACCAGGUUCAGUGCUCGUUCGAAAAACGUGGUUUUCAUCUUCAAAUUCAAAAUCUGAAAAAUAUCAAUUAUUUCUUGAAGAUACUCGGUCUUCUGCAUGAUAUUGAACCGGACCAAUCAACCUUCAAAGUCAAAAAGGAUAUGAUCAUUGUGUCUUUACGAAAAGUCGAAUCGAAAAAUUGGGAAUGCUUGCUAAAGGACGAGAAGAAAACACCUAUCAAACCACUUCCAAAACCUGAUGGGUCAAAAGAUUCAAAUGAAUCUUUCAUGAAUAUGGUAGAGGAAAUGUACGAAAAUGGCGACGAUGAUACGAAACGUGCUAUUGCCAAAGCCUGGGUCCAAUCGCGCGAGAAGGCGAAUACUUUUGCUAACGAACCGCAUGACAGAAAGAAACCUAGUAUUCUCGAAACACCUGACUUCACAAUUUAUCCUCCUCCUUAA